AUGAUCAGCAUAAGUCCUGGAUUCGACGUCAUCGGACUAGCCUUAUCCCUCUGGCUAGAAUUACAAGUCAGUGUCGGCGACGAUGCAUCCGAGGGCGCACAACAUAACUGUCGAAUCACUUAUGAAGGCCACGGCGAGAACAGUGUUGAUCUGACACCCGAGCGAAACCUCAUCUCACAGACUGCACUUUACGUGCUGCGAUGUCAUCAGCAAAGAAGUUUUCCGGAGCCAACGCACGUCCACAUCAAAAAUCCUAUCCCACUCGGUCGCGGCCUUGGCUCGUCUGGUGCUGCGGUAGUCGCUGGAGUAUCGCUCGGGAACGAAGUCGGCAAGCUAGGCAUGACUAAAGAUCGCAUUUUAGAUUUCUGUCUCAUGAUCGAAAGGCAUCCCGACAAUGUUGCGGCUGCUCUCUAUGGCGGGUUCGUGGGUUCUUACCUCAAGGAGCUUGAUCCGGAAGAAAUGAAACGAAUAGAGGUACCCUUGGCAGAAGUGUUACCUGCACCACAAGGAGGUGAGGAUACGGGCCUCACUCCUCCGAUCCCGCCCAUCGAUAUUGGCAAGCACAUUCGCUUUCCAUGGGCAUCGGAGAUCAAGUGCAUUGCGAUUAUACCAGAUUUUGAGGUAGCAACUGCAAAGGCCCGAAGUGUUCUGCCCACGACAUACGCAAAAGCCGAUGUCAUCUACAAUUUGCAACGCGUCGCUUUACUUACAUCCGCGCUUGGCCAGAGUCCACCAAACCCUGAGCUUAUAUAUGAUGGCAUGCAAGACAAGGUUCACCAGCCUUACCGCAAGACGCUGAUCCCUGGACUCACCGAGCUUCUGCAAUCUGUGUCUCCUGCCACACAUCCCGGUCUACUAGGCGUCUGUCUGUCAGGUGCCGGCCCCACUGUCUUGGCUCUAGCCACCACCAACUUCGAAGGCAUCGCUACCUCGCUCAUCAAACGAUUUGAAGGCGAAAACAUCAAGUGUCGCUGGGAGCUACUCGAGCCUGCGUAUGAGGGACUAAUCGUAUCUCACAGCGAGCAGGCAUCAAGCAGUGGCAUGACUUACGCAGACGCGGGUGUGUCAAUCGAUCUAGGGAACGAGCUUGUGCAGUCGAUCAAAGCGGCUGUGGCAAGUACACGAAGACCUGGCGCGGAUGCAGAGAUCGGUGGUUUUGGCGGCGCACUCGACCUAGCCAAAGCAGGAUACACGGAACCACCGAUACUUAUCCAGGCUAUUGACGGCAUCGGCACUAAGCUAAAGAUCGCUUUCGCUAUGGACGACUUCUCGACCGUUGGCAUAGACCUGGUAGCCAUGAAUGUGAAUGAUCUCAUUGUGCAAGGUGCGGAACCUUUGACGUUCAUGGACUACUACGCAUGCUCGAAGCUCAACGUUCCCGACGCCGUGCGCUUUGUCGAAGGCGUGGCCGAAGGUUGCAAGCAGGCAGGGUGUGCUCUGGUUGGAGGUGAGACUGCAGAAAUGCCAGGCAUGUACCAAGGCAAGGAGUUUGACGCCGGCGGUGCUGCCACUGGUGCUCUUAAAAGAGGUCGUACUGUGUUGCCUGACAAAGCGGCGAUGCAGGAAGGCGAUGUCUUGUUUGGCCUCAGAAGUAGCGGAGUUCAUUCGAACGGUUUCUCGCUUGUUCGCAAGAUCAUCGAGAGGGCUGGUCUGUCCUUUGCCGACAAGGCUCCUUGGGACUCAGCCUCGACUGUCGGUGCUAGUUUGCUGACACCAACACGAAUAUACGUCAAGCCCCUAAUGCCGGCGAUAGAGCAGGAUUUGAUUCUAGGCAUGGCUCACAUUACUGGUGGCGGACUGGAAGACAAUAUCCCUCGAAUGCUGCCCAAGCAUCUGGCCGCAGAAGUCGACGUAUCACAGUGGGAAGUGCCUGCCGUACUGAAGUGGCUCAAGAAGGCUGGUAAUGUGGACGCUCGUGAGUUUGCUCGGACGUGGAAUACUGGCCUUGGAAUGGUGCUGGCAGUUACAGCCCACAGAGCGGAGCAGCUCGUGCAGGUUCUUGAAGGUGCUGGAGAAUCACCCGUGAAGAUCGGAAAGCUCGUGAAGCACACUGGUGAAGAUGUGAUACUGCAUAACACCAGCGUCUGGAAGUAG